AUGCUCGCCAAGAGGUCCAUCCGGCUUGCUGCCUAUGCAGCUUUUGCGCCAUUGUGCGGAGGUUUCGGCGUGGCUUCGUCCAACGACGGCAAUGUCAUCGCCAACGCCCUUUUCAACGGUGCCGGGGUCACAGUUCUAUCCGGAUCGUCGUCCUUUACGGGGGGUGUCAACAGCUCCGGGGUGUUCACCGGCGGCCUCGGCGGCAUCGGAAGCGGCGCCAUCUUCACGUCCGGCAACGUCGCCGGAGCUCUCCCGGGUGGCAACGUCAACGUGAACAACUACGGGGGCAGUUCUAUUUACUGCGGUUCGGGUGCACAGAAUUCCGCGGUCCUCUCCGUGAACAUCAAUCUCAGCGUCGGAUACGACGCCGUCCAACUCCAGUUCAUCCUGGCAUCGGCAGAUACGAUUAAUCCUGAUCCCAUCGGCAUCUAUCUGGACAGUCAACUUUACUCCGUAGAUACCAGCGGCAACCUCAUCACGGCGGCGUCUAGCUUCCUCGCGCAACCGAUCGGAAUCACGCCGCCGAACAGCGUCACGUCGUACAACAUGUCGUCCCCUCCUCUCCUCUUGCCGAUUUUCACGACCCCCGGAACACACACCAUGGUGUUCGCCAUUUGCGACGCAAGCAAUGCAAAUUUUGAUUCCGCCCUCAUGAUCAGAGCUGCCGGCUGCGCGGGUAACGCCUGUGCUUCGCAGCUCAAGAUUAACUAUGUCACCGUAACCUCAAUCGUUGCCGCCGGACAGGAGUACACGUCGACGGUCAAGGCUUCGGGGACUGUCUCGGGUACUCCCAACAAGUUCAAUAACAUUACCAAGUUCAACCCUAUCAACUUCGGGCCUGCUGAGCCCAUCAAGUUCACCUCUGGCUACAGCGUCCUCGUCAGUCACACGGAGUUCAACCUCCAUGAGCGGCGAACUACCCCCGACCACCACAUCGUCUCCCACGACAUCCAGUACGCUCGCGCGAUCAUCAUCAGCUAG